AGAGUCGGUCGGUAGUUGCUCAGCACAUUUCUACGCGUACGGCAAUGUUUGAUACGAUGAUUUUCGAGGAAGUGUUCGACGCGACAGCAUAAGCCUGUUGUCAUGUCAUAAGUGUAUAUUAAGAGAGGGUUGUGAUUUAUAAAAGGUUAUGCUUUUUGCGCGCAGAAAUUAUAUGUGCUUGCUUCGGAAGAGCAAUACUAGAAGAACCAAUAAGUGGAAAGUGGAAACAAAUUAAAUGAAGAAUAUUGUGACCUAAACAAUGAAAUCACAAUUGUCAAGUCGUGAUUCAGCGAAUACCGAGUAAAUACAGAAAUAAAACGUAUCAAUGACGUGCGCUACGCGAUAAUAAUCGACGAAAUUAAAGUGCGAACCAGCAACUAUGUGCUAAGUGGAACAGAGCAAGCUAUGUAUUUGUUUUGAUUUUUGCAAACCAACGGUUGUUGCUGUAUCAGCAGUCCCACGAACGAAGAUAGCAGUCAGCCGCGUGGAUUUCCAACUAAAUAUGUUUUCAGAUAGCGGGACGGAAAUGAAUUUGGAGAUGGAAGUACUACAAAGAGCGCAGCAACGACUAUGCAACAACAAUUGAAGUGAAAAAAAAACUGAAUCGAUGAAUGAUGACCCGCUCUGGCCAUCAGAUCAGUCGUCGAUAUGGAUGUGAUAAAAGAAGGUACAAUUGUUGGAAACCAGACAGUCGCGCGUGUAUGAGUGUUUUUUUUUGCGGUUCUGAUGACGAAGUAAGCACGAAGGAAGAAAAUACAAAGUAUUGUGUCUGAUGUGUGCUUGGUGCAACAGUGAUUGGCUUGAGGUCAACAAAUAGAAUGAGUGGUCCUUACGACAGUUCAUAUUCGGCCGGAAGGGAGUGCAGUCACCGAAAAUUUGACGUGCGACAUUUGUGAAAAUAAAACAACGAAUUGGUUUCAAUCAAUUAGCUUACAUUGAACGUGGCUGUGUGUUCAUGUGUAAAAUAGCUCCAUUCAUUAGUGCAAAGCACGAAUCUCGAGAACGGUUAUUUUUCGGUGGUGAAAGAGAAGCUAAAUCAACAGCAAAUUGGAGACUGAUCAGCCUAAGAUUUGUGGAACACGCGCUCGCCGGCGUGCUACCACAAGUUCCAGUCGAAAUUCUGUAUGGAUGCGGGAGGUCUCCCAGUAUUUCCGGGUGCCAAUCAGGGCAAUCACCUGAACAGUCUCCACCUACAGCAGCAGCAGCAACAACAGCAACAGCAACAACAGCAGCAUCAUCUUCAGCAAGCUCAGCAAUUGACCCUGCAGCAGCAGCAGCAAAUGCAGUUGAUCAACAGUCAACAUUUACAGCGACAACAACAGCAGCUCCACCUUCAACAGCAACAACAACAGCAGCAACAUCAGCAACAAGGUGACUUGAUCCCGGCCCGCAGACAGACCGUAUUCGAUAGGCUCAAGCGUCGAAUAGAAACCUAUCGGCGUCGACAGUCGGACUGUACGCCUAGAUUCGAGCAGGCAUUCAGCGGAGUUUGUGAGCAACAAGCUAACGAAACCAGUGCCCUGCAGAAAAAGUUCCUGGAGGCAAAAAACAAACGGGCACUCAAAAAAGCCGAAAAAAAGCAGACUGACCUACCGCCGCAGUCUCAGCAGCAGCCUACGCAAACGACGAUCGCCGGGAAUCUGCAGAGCAGUGUUCAUGUGCAACAAAAAUUCCUAAAAAGACCAGCAGACGACGUCGAUUCCGCCUCCGACUCGUACGAGCCACCGGUUAAGCUCCAGCACAACGGCUCCGAGAAUCUGACCAAAUUUUCGGUCGAAAUCGUCCAGCAGCUUGAGUUUACGACGUCUGCGGCCAAUUCCCAGCCGCAACAGAUCAGUACGAACGUGACGGUCAAAGCACUAACGAAUGCGUCCGUCAAAAGUGAGGGCCCCAGUCCGGCCCAGCAGCAACAACAGGGCCAGGGCGGACCCGGAACGAAUGGGGGAGGGAACGGUGGUCAAUCUACUGGCGGCGGACACAAUGCAAGUAAUCCAGUGCCGUCCCCACACCUGCAUGACCUUGGCCACAUUGUGGACUUCAAGCAGGAACCGGAAAACGAAUUCGCUGACCUGUCGGCGGCCCUUGAGAAGGACGCUGCUGCCAACGGCCACUUCCCCGGAUUAUCCGAUCUCAUCGGGGACGAUACCAAUGAUGACAGUGAUACCUUCAAAGAUCUCAUUUCGGAUUUGUCCGACUUUCAUUCCGAUUUCCUGGACUUUGAAGAAAAACCUGCGACUCAGCAACCUCAGCCCCACGCCACUCAGCAACAGCAGCAGCAACAACAACAGCAGCAGCAUCAGCACCAACAUCACCAGCAACAGCAACCUACUCCGCAGAUGCUACACUCCCAGCAGCAACAACAGAUUGAGGUGAAGCAGGAAACGUGUAUCAAACAAGAGCAUCCCAGUCCUGGUAUGUUGGACAAUAUGGGUAUUAAACGCGGUAGUCCUGUGACGCAACAAUUCCCGAAUGCUUUCAACGAUGGGCUGGGACCAAAACGAGGCCCCUAUGGAAAUCCUCAGAAUGGUCCUAUGUCCGAACUGUCACCAGCAGCUCAAACACUUAAGCACAUGGCCGAGCAACAUCAGCACAAGAACGCUAUGGGAAUAGGAUUCCCUCGAGGUCCUCAACCGAACUCUCAACGACCGCCAUAUUCGGAGUUCAAUCAGUUUGCUAAUCAAGACUUUAUAAAUAACCCGGCUUCUGUGCCCGGUGGUAAUUCUGUUGGCAAUCAAUUCCAUAAAGGUAAUGUGCCUCCGUUCGCUGGAGCGGACCUGAUCAAGCAGGAACUCUACUCCCCGCAGAAUGAAUUUGAUCUCAAACCCCAGCUGGGCCGCAUGCCUCCACAGAUGGGUGGCCCGGGUCCGAAAAUGGGUCCUGGCCCUGGUGGCUUCAACAAACCAAAUCAACAACAAUACUCGCCAUAUGGAUCCCCGGCCGGCGGUGGUGCAGCAGGAGCUGGUGGGGGUGCGGCCAAUCAUGGUAGCCCACACGGACCGGGAUACAUUCCGCCGAGAGGUCCCGGACCCGGACCGGGUGCAGGCGGUGGUGGAUCGGCAGGUGCUGGGAAUCCGAGUGGUGCUGGAAGUAAUACUGGGGCAAACGCCAAUAGCGGAAACAGUGGUGUUCCUCCCCGGGGCGGUGGCCCGAUGGGAGGUGGAGCGCCCAAUGCGACCAUGCUACAGAUGAAACAGACCCAACAGCUGCACAUCAGCCAGCAGGGCCCGGGAGGGCAUGGUAUACAGGUUUCAGCGGGUCAACAUCUGCAUCUUAGCGGUGACCUUAAAACAGGUGUCUCAGUAGCGGCUCAGCAAGGUGUGUUCUUCAGUCAACAGCAACAAGCGCAACAGCAGCAAUCCAACCAGCAACAAUCUCAGCAAAAUACCCAACAGCAACAAGGACCACAGCAAGCGCAGCAACCUCCCAAUGCUGGUGUUCCUAAUCCGCAGCAACAACCUCCCAAUCAAAGCAAUCCAAACGGAGUUGGAGUCGGAGGAAACCCCAAUAAUCCUAAUGGACCUAAUCAAAAUAAUUCGCAGCAACAGCCAAAUCAAGCUCCUCCCAACUCGCAAGGUUCUUCCAUGGAGUCCCAGUACACUGUAUCGCAGUCGCAAACAAUCAACUUCACUCAGCAAGCGCUUCGACAGCGACAACAGCAGCAGCAACAACAACAGCAACAAGGAAAUGUUCCCGGUGGGAUGUCGAACCAAGCCCAGCCGCAGUCUGGUUCUCAACAGCAACCCGGUGGUCCAGGAGUACCGAAUCCCCAAGCACAACAACAACAACAGCAAGGUCCACAACCGGGUGGUCCGAACUCUGGCAUUUCAACCGGACCGAUGACCCACGGUGGGCCAAUGGGAAGUGGACCAAUGGUUCAGAAUCCAAAUGUUCCUCUAGGAAUGGGUGGUAUGGGCAUGGGUCCUAACGGGGGCCUAAGUGGACUUAAUUCGAUGGUUUCAAAUUCAAUGGGCGGUCCGGGAGGACAAAUGAUGCAUAACAGUAUGGGCCCUGGAGGAGUUUCGGGUGGUCCGACCGGGCCGAUGGGUAUGCGGUACAUGCAGCAGCAACAGCAGAUGAUCCGAGCACAGGCGAUGCAGCAGCACAUGGCUGUGGGAGGCAGGCCUCCACCACCUGACUACAAAGCAACACAGCAGAGUGGAAAUCCGAAUGCGGCAAUGUUAGCCGCACAACAACAACAGAUGCUACAUGCAUCCGGUGGUCGAUUUCCUGCCAUGCGUCGAAUCACGCAACAGCCAAUUCCGCCCUCCGGACCAAUGAUGAGGGUACAACAUGCAGCUUAUAUGCAGCAGCAUGGGCAUGCCGGACCUCGAGGACUUGGAGGGUUCGGACCAGGAGGCACCGGUGGACCGAUGGGAGGUGGUUCUGUGCAAAGACCUCCAAAUGUACAAGUUGGUCCCGAAGGAAUGCCGAUGGGUUCGCAGCAAGCUGAGUGGAGACACAUGAUUAUGUCUCAGCAACAAAGUAUGAGUUUUGCCGGAAACGGUGGCAAUAUGAGAGGAGGAUUUGGAGGGGGUCCAGGUGGUGCAAGUAACUCAAUGGUUAUGCCUAAUGGGGGCCCCGUUGGUCGAAUGGAUCCCGCGGCUGGUGGUGGUCCUGCUGGUGGUAUGACACAGCUUCAGAUGCAACAACAGGUACUAUUGCGCCAGCAGCAACAACAACAACAACAGCAGCAAAGUAUGGGGAUGUACCAGGCACAAGGGCAGAUGGGAGGCGGUGGAGGCAUGGGUCAAAACCCAAUGCAGCAGAUGACCAUGAUGCAGCAGCAGAGUAUGAUGAGUCAGAUGCAAAUGAGCCAAAUGCACAUGAGCCAAACUCAAACUAUGGCCAUGCAGCAGGCGAACCAGCAACAAUCUGUGAUGAAUUCAUUUAACAAUCCUGGUAUUGGCCCAGGCCCAGGUCCAGGAGGAGGACCAGGACCCGGAGGAGGUAACGGAAACGGUAACAACAAUAGCAACAAUGGUAAUAGCAAUGCGAACAAUAGCAGCAGUAACAACGGAGGUCCUAAUGGACCCAACAACAACUCAUCCGUAAUGCCCAACACGGACUUUAGUUUAGAGUUCCUCGAAAAUUUACCAGUGGGUGAUCCUAGUCAGUUCAAUGCACAGGAUCUUCUCAGUUCACUGGAUAACGAUAAUUUCAACAUACAAGAUAUUCUGUAAAAAUGGUUCAUCCAGUAGUUGGAUGGCUAGAUUGAUUGCAUUUAGCACUAACGAAAUAGUUCAAGUAUAAGAAAAUUGCCUGUAAGGCUCGUUUCCAAUGAUGAUUGGAACGAUAAAAUGUUCGACACGGAAUAACAGAUAUUUAUUAAUUACAAGUGAAUCAAACAUCUAGCGAAAAUAAGAUGAAUCAAAACAAAGGACGGCCGUCGGCUAGCGAAUACCGUUCGGCAAAAAUUCUGUACAUAGCGAAGUAUUUCUUGCUGUACAUAGCAUUUGCUACUCGUUGAAGCAUAACGAAUAGGUUUACUUUUCUAUAUACAUAACAAAACUGUAGUAUGUAAGAGCAACACUUUUUUCGUUGUACGUUACUAUUAAUUUAUUGCAUUGAAAACAAUUAAAAAUUACGAGAAUAAUAUACACAGAAAGACGUGUUGUCGAAAAAAUAAAUAAUAACUCUCUUAACUAAUUAGUCGUUUGUAAAUAGCUGAAGAUAAUAGCAUCAGGAUAAACAUUCCUUUACUUUUAUGACACUGUUUGGAUUAGAUGAAAACACGCCAGCAUAUUACGGACUUCUUCGAAGUGGUUUUGAUUUGUUGACCAUUAUCUGUUAGUUACAUACUGCCUGAACCGCGAGAAGAGUGACAAAAAGUACUACCCUUUUCGUUUACCGGCGUUGUUCCUGUGAUUUGAAGUUUACGCAUAUACCUUUUCGCAUCUUAUACGCGGACAAUGAAACACACUAGAUGAUAAAAGUGACAGUAACAGUAACAAUUCUAAAGAAGGAAAAUAAAGAUCAUCAUAGAAAGUAGCUUAUUUUUGAAGGGAAUAUUUGAUGGUAGCACACUGGGGUUCGGGGAUAGUAGAAAAUUUUGUAUUCAAAGCAAAAUUUUCAACUAACAUUUAAAUAGGAACUAGAUAAGUAAACAAAAUGUCACAACGACAUCAGUAUGCAUAGAACAAUUUAAAUGGAACUUAUGUAAUAAAAUUUAAACAGAACAACAACAAAAAACACUAAUAGCAUCAAAUCAAACAUUAUUCGCUAACAUAGAAAUAUUGAAUAACUAACUUAUCUGCAUUUCGACACAGACUUUUCCGAAACGUGCUGCUUCCUCACUAGUCUCAACUCAAAACUAGCAUCAAUUUAGCGCGAGGCGGAUUACUUUGGGUGAAGUUCUAUUGCAAUUGUGCUGCCCCAGUCCCGUGACAUGUAAAUGUAUGUUUCCGAAAUGAAAUAAUUUGUAGUAACGAAGCGGGCAAGAACUUCUUAAGUUUAUUGAAGAUUUUGUGUAUAUCGUAUUUCGAUUGUUGUAUACAGUUAGGAUAAUAAGUGUUUUCUAUUGAACAAAUUUAGAAAUAUGAUCAUUUAUUUGUUUCGCUCUUCAUUAAUGCAUAAGGGUUAAAAAAAGCUUCUGAUUAUACUCGACAGAGACCAGACCAAAACAUCCUUAAUCGAUAUAUAAACAUUUCCUUUGAUGUUACUAUAAAAACAUGCUUUUGGGCAUCUAUGGUUCAUUUGCUAAAAUUCUCUAUUUAUAUUACUUUAUAGACUUAUUGGUAAUGGCAACAAAAUUAAACUUGUCAAAUUUGAUAUGGUUAAACAGCAAAAUACUUUUUCAGAUAUGAAGAUAUAUUUUUUUAAGGUACGCUCGUGAUGCACGUAGGCAUCUUUUACAAAUAAAGUACAUUUUUUCUGCGGGUAGUCAACUGAAAGGCUGACUAAAAAUAAAGUGAAACUGAAACUGUCCAAUAUUUUUCGAUUGGUUGAAAUUCUGGAUAAUUCGGAGCAUUUAUUCAUUAGCUUGGGGAUGAUAUCGAUCCUGUUGGUAGCAUACCGCACCAGAUCCACCUUGGAGUAAUGGCAGUUGGCCAAAACUAGCAAAAAGAUGACUUUGCCUCUACGCUUGAGGAUGAACAGCAAAACACACUUUUAUAUCGUUUAUUUAGCUCCAGCCUUAGCUCUAAAAAGUCUCUUUAUCACGUACAUUUUUAUGUAAACUUGGGAUGUCAUCGUCGAAGAUGUAAUGAAUGUUUACAGUUUUAAGGCCACGACUGCAAAUCGCUUGCCAAAUCGUGACCUUCUUCGCGAACUUUUAGGCAAACCCGAACUUGAAUCUUUCCGGCUCAUGCACACGAGAGUCGUUCAAGAAUAUUGCACGAUUUUUGGCCGAGGAAUUUUGUUGCAUAUGCCGGUUCGCAUGUUUACAAGCUUAGUACAACUUGUAUCCUUCUCGACAAAGAUGUUGUUCCGCACCGUUUGAAAGUUGGUGUUAUAACUUCUGACCACAUCUCGGACCGAAAGAUCGGGGUUGGCUUUAAAAUUUUACUUACAAUCUAAGGUAACUAGCCAUUGUUGAAAAACACAAUAGCAGCUCUCUCCUCUAGAUGUUUGCUAGAUAAAUCUUUGUGAAAAAACAUCAUUUUAUUAGGAAAAACGAAUCAAACUAAUAUUUUUUUUUGAAUUUCCACUCAAAGACAACGUAAUUGCCCCUUAACGCACUUCAACACAUUGUUGGGCAGCUGAAGAUCCCUGGUUCCAGUGUUAUCAUAUGUCCGCUGAUUCUACCUCACACUCAGGGUUUCUUGUAGGUUUGGAGCACACGACAAACUAUUAUUUCGGCAUCUUCAGCACUUUAGUCAGCUUGAAACCGGAUCACUCCGUAUUUUCCAGGUAUUUGUGCAAAAUAUUUUACUAGAACAUUUUACUAGAACAUGAGUUUUGAAUCAGUCUCAGGGACACUUCGCUUGAGUAACGUGAAGCUGAGUACAGUUUAGUUUAAUUUUAUCAAAGCUGGUCGGUAUUUUACAACUAUGGCUACAUUUCAUUGGAACCUUUACUAUGAGACUGGGGCACAAGCGCAUACAUACAGGAACAGUUACUUACUAUUCUACCGGGAUUGGUCUACUUUCAACUACAAAAGUCUCGAGUAUAGUCAAUCAAAGGUCGUCGUCAGUUAAAUUCAACUUCUUCGUACUGUAACUGUAAUUUAUAAGUAUUUAAAUUAAAACGCAGAAUUAAACAAACCCUGGUCACCGUGCGACUAUUUAUUAAACAAAACCGAUGUUAAAUAACAUAAUCUUAAAUGACAAACGACAAACUAAACAGUAGUCAACAACAACAGUAGUCUGUUAGUACUAGUAGAAAUAGUUACAUAAUUGACAUUAGUACUAAACCAAGGCGAAAAACAGAUGAAAAUAGUUGAUCAAAAUUUUCAUUUGUUGACGACAGCAACAGUCACAGAUAUAUAGUUAAUGAACAAGACCAGUCAGUCAUUAGUGGCUCUGAGUAGAUAUAGUGAACAUCAUUCUACAACCCGUUGGUUGAAACGGUUUACUUAUUCACAUAUACGAAAAAAAUGUAUACAGAAAGUUUUAAGGAUUUACUCACAUACACACAGGUAUACUGAGUACGGAUUCAGAUUCAGUUUAACCUUUAGUUUUGUACAGUUGCAAGUUGUUUUUUCCCAUGAAACGCAUAUUCAGUUAAUUAUUUUUGCUGUGCAUGUUUCACGGCAUAGUUUUCGUACUGCGAUAAGUGGAAUUUUAAAUGUAUAUUUUUUUUACUUUUUGAAGAAAAUUUGAAUGCCAGAUAUGUUUAGCGAUCUACUAUUCUAGAUACGCGUGUACAGUUCCGAACGAGGUGCAAGGGGGAGAUUUUUUUACAAACAGAUAUUUUCCUUAUGAUUAUAAAAAGAAUAUUUUUAUAUUUUUCAUUUGAGAUGUACAUAUUUUUACUAUAUUUUUUAUUUCUCCGCAUACGGUGAAAUGUAAACAAAGCAACAGCAUUGAAAAUCAUUUACUUACGACAAAUAUAACAACAAAAAAUCAUGAAAACAUGGAAAACAAGUUCAUUGGCACAAGGAAUAAAAGAGAAUAAAAAUAGAUAAUUUAAUUGAA